AUGGCAUUGAAACGAGCUACUGGUAACGUGAAAACUUCCUCACCAAAAAAGCCACGAGCACGUAAAAGCGCUCCAAGUGGUACAAAGAAAACAGCAAAUAAACGAAAGAAGAAUGUUAAGAAAAGUGGCGCAAAGAGAACAAAGAAACAAAUGAAGAAAUAA